UAUAAGCAGCUAUAAGACACAUAGUGAUCAGAGCAGAUCACUUCAGACAGCAAAGACUGAAGAGCAUCAUCCCUCUACACACAGAAGGACACAGGACAGGAUGAAGACUCUGAGCUUUACCGGGGGACUCCUGCUGCUGCUCCUCACCAUUUACUCCUGCACUGCCAUGCCUCAUGCGGUGAAUCCUGUGUCGUGCUGCGUUCGAUUCUUUACAGGAAGGGUGCCGCAGCCGCAAAUCAUCUCCAUCAUCAAGACUGACAGCAGCUGUCGCGAAAAGGCAUUUGUGGUCAGUACUGCCAAAGGGAUGGAUAUCUGCGUGAGCCAGAAUCUGGGCUGGGCUCAGAGAGCUUUCAACCAACAGCAAGUCAUCAAGGACCAAUGAUACUGUAGUCCUCAUGAUCAAACAUCUCCAGCUACUCAACCUCCAGCCAUCGUAGAGCUCUGUCUCUAUGAUCUUUUUAUUAUAAUGAAAACAUAUUUUUCCAUGAAGCUUUGCACUGUGAACUUUCAUGCAGCUAUUUUCAUUCCUGUAAUGAUCUUUCUCAUGUCUAAAAGUUAACGCAAAACAUGUCAUUAUUUAGAAGAGGUCACAAAACAGCCAGUCAGUCAAUAAGGGCCUUGUAAGUGCAUCAUUCGUCACAGGGAAUACAUGAAUGAUGAAUAAAUUAAUUUGACACACCCCAA